AUCAGCUGACGGCGUGUAUAUAUACAAUACCCAGCUGACUCUAGGGUUAGUCUGCUCCUACGCUGACACACUGAGUGUUCUCUGUGUCCUGCCGACGUCUGAGACCUUGAAUCCAGACUGUUCAUCGCGUGAAGUUACCGUGGCGUCGCUUCCCAAGAACAUCGCUAGAACAUUCUCCAAAUUUUAUAAAUAAAAUAGAUAAACAGAAACAUCGAUAAAUGCAAUCACUGAGCGCAUAGGUAGAAGGAGAAGGAGAAAGAGAGGAAAGAAAACAGCUGAACAGGUAGUCAGUCCCUUGCGAUGGGGCGGCGUCGCGACCGGAACUUGGGGCCCCUCUGCCUCCUCCUGCUGGGGCUCGCGGCUCCUUCGGCGGCGUUCCUGGGGCGAGGGACGCUGCUGGAGGGGGAGGGCGACAUCUUCGGGAUCUACUGCGAGGAGUUCGACAGAGGCACGCGCGUGUGGCACCACAGGGAGAUCACCAGGGAGGCAGUGAGGAGGGUCAUCGUGGAUCAUUUCAAAACCGUCCCUCCAGCCAAGGGGGCUUAUAACCACCGCGACGGCAUGACGCUGGAGGAGGCCUACGCGGAGUACUUCGGCGCCGAGUCCUCCCCGAAGCCGUUCCUCUCGGCUGUGGCUUCGCUCGUGGACGCCGCCGCCGAAGCCGAUGCGGGCUACCUCGGCUCCGAUCCGAGGUACCACUUCGGCAGCGAGAGGUUCUCCGAGUCCCAGCAGAUCCUGACGGGGCGUUGGCCGAGAAUCAUCAAGGCGAUCCAGGCCGGAGACUACAGCGCUGCCAUCUACAUGCUAGGCCUAUCCCUCAGCGCAAUACAGGAUUUCUAUUCCUACUCGAAUUGGGUCGAAUUGGGCCAUGAGAAAUUCAAUCCGGAUGUUGGAAUAUCCGGCCUCACCCUCCCCGGCGUGGCGGACCCCCAGGAAGGCACGUGCAAGGACUGCCCGUCGGACGCUAGCGGGGUCAGCGCCCUGUCCGGAUAACCCUCCUGCAGGACGUUCUCGACGCCGGGAAAACUCACGUCCGGAUACGGCGACGAGACGCUGUGGGCAGUGCAGGAGGGUGG